AGUGGGGCAUGUAUUAUGUCCAGGGGACUUUUGGACAUUUUGUAAAUGGGUGGAGAAAUUCAGCGUGAUACUACUACUACCACAACGCCUAAGCUUUUCAGAAGUGGUCCAGUCACGUCCGUUCGCCGCCUCGUUAUCUGGGUUGGGAAAGGACUUUGUGAAAUUGUAGCGAUGUCAGUCCAGGUUGUGGCAGCAAAAAUGGCCGAGGUCGAAAUAAAAGACGUCCCCAGCAAAGAUGUACCACCCGAAUCACCUCUGACACCCAACUCAGAGGAAAAGGGGUUAGUCAAAAACGAACCAAACCCUGUCGCAACCAGCCCAUUGACGGAUCCCACCGUUAAAGCCGGGGACCAGAGCCCAGGCUUUCUCACCCCGAACCCCGUGAAGAUGCCGCAGGCGUCCGCGAUGAAGCGGACCGAUCCGCAACAAAACGGCGGAGAAGCUUUUGUAAAUCGUGAUGGUACUGUCGCUGAAGCCCCCAGAAUGAAAAAGAUCCAGUUUGCAGACCAGAAGCAGGAGUUCAACAAACGGCCCACCAAGAUCGGCCGUCGCUCGCUGUCCCGCUCCAUCUCCCAGUCCUCCACAGACAGCUACAGCUCAGCUGCCUCCUACACAGACAGCUCUGACGACGAGACCUCUCCCAGGGAUAAGCAGCAGAAGAACUCCAAGGGCAACGGAGACUUCUGCAUCAAGAACAUCAAGCAGGCCGACUUCGGACGCAGGGAGAUCGAGAUCGCCGAGCAGGAGAUGCCAGCCCUGAUGGCUCUGAGGAAGAGAGCCCAGGGAGAGAAGCCCCUGGCUGGAGCCAAAGUGGUGGGAUGCACCCACAUUACCGCCCAGACCGCCGUGCUGAUGGAGACCCUGUCUGCCCUGGGGGCCCAGUGCAGGUGGGCUGCCUGCAACAUCUACUCUACCCAGAACGAGGUGGCAGCUGCUCUGGCGGAGGGAGGUUUCUCUGUGUUUGCCUGGAAGGGCGAGUCUGAGGAUGAUUUCUGGUGGUGCAUCGACCGCUGUGUCAACCUGGAGGGCUGGCAGCCCAACAUGAUCCUGGACGACGGGGGAGACCUCACUCACUGGAUCUACAAGAAAUACCCCAACAUGUUCAAGAAAAUCAAGGGCAUCGUAGAGGAGAGCGUCACGGGCGUCCACAGGUUGUACCAGUUGUCCAAGGCGGGCAAGCUGUGUGUUCCUGCCAUGAACGUCAAUGACUCUGUGACCAAGCAGAAGUUUGACAACCUGUACUGCUGCAGAGAGUCCAUCCUGGAUGGGCUGAAGAGGACCACUGACGUGAUGUUCGGGGGGAAGCAGGUGGUUGUGUGUGGUUAUGGAGAGGUGGGAAAGGGCUGCUGUGCUGCACUUAAAGCCAUGGGCUCCAUCGUCUAUGUCACCGAGAUCGACCCCAUCUGUGCCCUGCAGGCCUGUAUGGAUGGCUUCAGACUGGUGAAGCUGAAUGAGGUCAUCAGACAAGUGGACAUUGUCAUCACCUGCACAGGCAACAAGAACGUGGUUGUGAGGGAGUACCUGGACCGAAUGAAGAACGGCUGCAUCGUCUGCAACAUGGGACACUCCAACACCGAGAUUGACGUGGCCAGCCUGAGGACCCCAGAGUUGACCUGGGAGAGGGUGAGGUCACAGGUGGACCACGUCAUCUGGCCCGACGGCAAGAGGAUAGUCCUGCUGGCCGAGGGGCGUCUGCUGAACCUUAGCUGUUCCACAGUGCCCACCUUUGUGCUGUCCAUCACCGCCACCACUCAGGCCCUGGCUCUGAUUGAGCUGUACAACGCUCCAGAGGGGCGAUACAAACAGGACGUCUACCUGCUUCCCAAGAAGAUGGAUGAGUACGUGGCCAGCCUCCACCUCCCCACGUUCGACGCCCACCUAACGGAGCUCAGCGAUGAGCAGGCCAAGUAUCUGGGCCUCAACAAGAACGGGCCCUUCAAGCCCAACUACUACAGGUAUUAAAGGUGGAGUCGAGGUGGAAAUACAGAAGGAACCAAUACUCCAUGAACCGCACAGAUCCAUCGACAAAGAGGGGGAAGGAGGAGGAGGAGGAAGAGGGUGGGGGAGGAAGAUGGGAAGUGUUGCACACCUGCUUUUAACCUGGGGGGGGGGGGG